AUGUGCCUGUACUAUGGUUCAACAUACCUCAGUACUCUCCCAGAGCUGUGGGUGAGAACAACAGAGAAUGCCUAUCUGCCCAUUCAUGAAAUGGUAGCAGCACUGGGACCUUCACUAUGCUGUGCUAUGCCAUUUGUCCACAGUCUUAGUGGAAGAGAUACAACUAGUUAUCCUUAUUUCACUGAACUGAGCGUUAUUGAUGCGUUUGCUGUUGCAUGUUUAGAGGACACCGGGACGUAUUUCCCCAGUGUGAAGCGUUGUCCUGGCCGUUACCUGCAGCCCUGCUCGGAUGCGGUCAAGAGGUGGUUGAGGAGCCUGAAAAACAGCGGGAAGAUCCUUCUGCUCAUCACCAGCUCACACUCGGACUACUGUCGACUAGUGUGUGAGCACAUACUGGGAACGGACUUCGAGGAUCUGUUUGACAUCAUUAUCACGAAUGCUCUGAAGCCUGGAUUCUUCUCUUUGGUUCCGCAGCAAAGACCCUUCAGAACUCUGGUGGAUGAUGUUGAAGAUGGCGAAGGCUUGCCGUCUCUGGAAAAGCCUGGCUGGUAUUCUCAGGGCAACUGGCCUCAUCUACACGAACUACUGAAGAAGAUGACCAACAAACCUGAGCCCAAGGUGGUGUAUUUCGGAGACAGCAUGCGCUCGGACAUGUUCCCCGCCUGCAGCUUUGGAAAGUGGGAGACGGUGAUGAUCGUGGAGGAGAUGGAGGGGGAGGGCGUCCCCCGUGCGAACGCGACCCCCUGUAACAGCCCCACCCCGACCGAAGGCCCUGCAGAGAAAAAGGGCAAGUUUGAGGAUCAGGGAAUGAAAUCUCCUUCUGACGUAUCGAACCAGUGGGGCUCAUAUUUUGUAGACGUGCAGAAGAAUGAGGGAGAGGAGACACGGAGGCUGACCUGGUGUUGUCGCAGUAUCCACACAUACAGCACUAUGGCGAUACCCAGCAUCGAGGCUAUAGCAGAUCUUCCUCUAGACUUUCAGUUCCAGAGAUUCUCCUCAGAUAAGCCCAUCACGACAGGUUAUUACCCCAGACCUCCAGACUCGCUGCUGAAAUGGGAAGAGAACUUGUCCUGAACCGUCACGCCUGUCAGCAGAGACCGGGAGAUUGUCCCACCGUUACGUUCUCAAGCUUCACCACAGAGCUAGACCAUCCAUUCGUCCAAUCAGUGAUCGAGCCCAGUCAGAGCACCGUCUGUGUGUCUUCUCACCCCUUCCCGAAUCCGUCUACACAGUAUGAAGUCGUGUCGGUUUAGAUGCUGAAUGUCCAUACGUUGAUCAUUGGAUGUAGGAGGAAGUCACGAUGUGUUGUGUAUCAUCAUGCAGCGUUGUGCGUUCACUACCGUUAAACUAACUUUAAUGGUGUACAGAAGAAAAAAAAAACCAUGGCUUUCCCAUGGGUGUUUUUGUUUUGAUCUGUUUGUUUUUAUGAAGGGAAUGUUACCUCAGAGGAUUCUGCUGGAAAACAAGCACAAAUUCUAUCGAAUAUUCAUGCAAUCAAGAAACAGCCAUGAGUUCUUUGCUCCUUUCGUGAUUGGUUGAUGUUUUGAGUGUUGUAAACUACACGGUUCAGAUCUAGGCCGGUUCAUUGUAUUCUGCAAAUGUUUCAAACGAGAAAAUGAUCAUCGUACUUCCAAACCCCAAAAUAGUAUUAAAGGAUUAGUUCACUUUUGAGAAAACUUUUGCUGAUAAUUUACUCACCCCCAUGUCAUCCGAGAUGUCCAU